CCACGUCAGCAUCGACGCGUUCUCGGCGCAGGCGGAGGAUGCUCAGUGUGAAGCGGACCACUCUCGCUGCUCACAUCUCCCACAACUCCCGGGCCUAUCUUGACCUGACUUCGCUGCUUUUACGCUAGUGGUUUGACGUCCAGGUGCAUGCAGUAGCGGGGUGAGAAAAGCGGCGUGCGUUCAGAUCUUUGCGGUUCACUCGGCAGCUCAGACCGACUCAAGAUGUUAGACCCGUCGUCCAGCGAGGAGGAAUCGGACGGAAUAGUAGAGGAGGAGAGCAAAGAGGCGAUGGCACCUCAGGCCGGAUCCCGCAUCUCCCCGAGCCGGACCAGCGACAGCUCGGGCGGGCUCGCGCCCAGCAGCAGCCGCGGCAGCGCCCGUCCGACAAGCCCGAGCCCCUCCGCCGCCAGCGAGGAGAAGGAGGACCUGGAGAAGCUGCAGCGGGAGGAAGAAGAUCGUAAAAAGAAGCUGCAGUUGUAUGUUUUUGUCAUGCGAUGCAUCGCGUAUCCCUUCAAUGCCAAGCAGCCCACAGAUAUGGCGAGGCGACAGCAGAAGAUAACCAAGCAGCAGCUCCAGCAGACGAAGGAUCGCUUCCAGGCCUUUCUCAAUGGAGACACGCAGAUUGUGGCGGAUGAAGCCUUCAUCAAUGCUGUGCAGAGCUACUAUGAGGUGUUCCUGAAAAGCGACCGUGUGGCCAAGAUGGUCCAGAGUGGCGGGUUUUCGGCCUCCGACUGCAGAGAUGUUUUCAAAAGGCACAUUGAAAAACGCGUGCGAAGCUUGCCGGAGAUCGACGGCCUGAGCAAGGAGACGGUGCUCAGCUCCUGGAUGGCCAAAUUCGACACCAUCUACCGCGGGGACGAGGAUCCUCGCAAAGCCCAGCAGCGAAUGACGGCCAGCGCGGCAUCUGAGCUCAUCCUCAGUAAGGACCAGCUGUACGAGAUGUUCCAGAACAUACUCGGCAUCAAGAAGUUUGAGCACCAACUGCUUUACCAAGCCUGUCAGCUGGACAACCUGGACGAGCAGGCGGCUCAGAUUAGAAGAGAGCUGGACGGCCGUCUUCAGAUGGCCGACCAGAUUGCACGGGGUGGCAAGUUCCCCAAAUUUGUGUCCAAAGAUAUGGAAGCCAUGUACAUCGAAGAGCUGAAGUCCUCAGUGAACCAGCUGAUGGCGAAUCUGGAAAGCAUGCCCGUGUCCAAGGGCGGAGAGUUCAAACUGCAGAAGCUGAAGCGCGGGCACAACACCUCCAUCAUUGACAUGGGCCAGGAGGAUGAAAACACGCUGUCCAAGUCAGAUGUGGUCCUCUCCUUCACUUUAGAGGUGGUGAUCAUGGAAGUGCAGGGACUGAAGUCUCUGGCUCCCAACAGGAUUGUCUACUGCACCAUGGAGGUGGAGGGUGGAGAGAAACUGCAGACCGACCAAGCAGAAGCAUCCAAACCCACCUGGGGCACCCAAGGGGACUUCACAACCACACACCCACUGCCGGCUGUCAAGGUGAAGCUGUUUACGGAAAGCACAGGAGUGCUGGCACUGGAAGACAAAGAGCUGGGAAGGGUUGUCCUCCACCCGACUCCAAACAGCCCGAAGCAAUCGGAGCUCCACAAGAUGACUGUGACCAAGGCUUGCCCUGACCAAGAUCUGAGGAUCAAACUAGCCAUUCGCAUGGACAAGCCACAGAACAUGAAACACUGCGGGUACCUUUGGGCAUUUGGAAAGAAUGUGUGGAAGCGCUGGAAGAAGCGUUUCUUUGUCCUUGUCCAGGUGAGUCAGUACACGUUUGCCAUGUGCAGCUAUCGAGAGAAGAAGUCUGAACCGCAAGAGCUUCUGCAGCUGGAUGGCUACACAGUGGACUACAGCGACCCACAACCGGGCUUGGACGGUGGCAGGGCUUUUUUCAAUGCGGUCAAAGAAGGAGACACUGUGAUCUUUGCCAGCGAUGACGAACAGGAUCGCAUCCUGUGGGUUCAGGCCAUGUAUCGGGCCACCGGCCAGUCGCAUAAGCCGGUCCCGCCCACUCAGGUCCAGAAACUGAAUUCCAAAGGGGGUGCGUCGGCCCAAAUGGAUGCUCCCAUAUCUCAGUUCUAUGCUGACAGAGCUCAGAAGCAUGGCAUGGAUGAGUUUAUCUCCGCUAACCCCUGUAGCUAUGACCACGCCUCGCUGUUUGAGAUGGUGCAGCGACUCACGUUGGACCACAGGCUCAACGACACCUUCUGCUGUUUGGGAUGGUUCAGCCCGGGCCAAGUGUUUGUACUGGACGAGUACUGUGCCAGGAACGGGGUUCGGGGUUGCCACAGACAUCUGUGUUACCUGCGUGACCUCCUGGAGAGAGCAGAGAGCGGCGCUAUUAUUGACCCCACUCUGCUGCACUACAGCUUUGCUUUCUGUGCCUCCCAUGUCCAUGGGAACAGAGAGGGAUGCAAUUACUGGGGGCCGCUGGGCUAUGAGCCCCUUCUUUCCCCAAAGAGUUCCCAGGACCUGAAUCCUGACUCUUCUAAACGAGCAUGCAUAUUCAAGUUUAGAAAGAAAAGAGAGUCCAAAAGCCAACUAUUGCAAGGCCCUAAAAGGCCAGACGGUCUGAGCACAGUGAAGGUGGACGAGAAGGAAAGAUUUGAAGAUAUCAAAGAGCGGUUGCGUGUUAUAUUGGAAAAUCAGAUUGUAAAUUUCAGAUAUUGUUUCCCCUUCGGCCGUCCAGAGGGAGCGCUAAAAGCUACUUUAUCUUUGCUGGAAAGGGUUCUCAUGAAGGAUAUUGUGACACCGGUUCCACCCGAGGAGGUCAAAGGAGUAAUCCGUAAAUGUUUGGAACAAGCAGCCCAGCUCAACUAUCAGCGGAUUAAAGAUUACGCCAAAAUUGAAGUUGAAAAAGGGCAAAAGGAUCAGAAGGAUCCAGAGAACGUAGGCCGCUUAGUCACACCGGCCAAAAAGCUGGAGGAAACAAUUCGCCUGGCGGAGUUAGUCAUAGAAGUCCUCCAGCAGAACCAGGAACACCAUGCGGAGGCGGCAGUCACAAGUUCUGGAGAUCAAUCGGCCUUCGCUUGGUGGACAGAUCUCAUGGUGGAACAUGCAGAGAACUUUCUUGCCCUUUAUGCCAUCGACAUGGAUGCAGCCCUUGAGAUACAGUCCCCGGAGAGCUGGGACAGUUUCCCCCUCUUCCAGCUGCUGAAUGAUUUCCUCCGAACAGACUAUCAUUUGUGCAAUGGAAAAUUUCACAAACACCUUCAAGAUCUGUACGCUCCUCUGGUGGUUAGAUAUGUGGAUCUGAUGGAGUCCUCCAUCGCACAGUCCAUUCACAAGGGCUUUGAGCGCGAGUCCUGGGAGCCUGUAAAGAGUUUAACAAGUAAUCUGCCCAAUGUGAAUCUACCAAAUGUCAACCUCCAAAUUCCCAAAGUACCAAAUCUGCCCGUGCCAGUAGCAGGACUAUCAGUUAACCUUCCAACAAUGCCUAGCUUUUCUACCCCAUCAUGGAUGGCUGCUAUAUAUGACUCUGAUAAUGGCUCUGGGACAUCAGAAGACCUCUUCUGGAAGCUGGAUGCGCUCCAAACUUUCAUCAGGGACCUGCACUGGCCAGAGGAGGAGUUUGCUAAGCAUCUGGAGAGUCGCAUAAAGCUGAUGUCCAGUAACAUGAUCGAGAACUGUGUGAAGCGCACAAGGAUGGCGUUUGAGUCCAAGCUAGCCAAGAGCAGCAAGUCCACAGACUUCCGCAUCUCACCGACAUUAUGCACCAUGUUUAAUGUGAUGGUGGACGCCAAGGACCAGUCGGCCAAAUUGUGCGCGAUGGAGAUGGGACAAGAGAAACAGUUUCACUCUCAGAUUGAUGAGCUGAUAGAGGAAAGUGUGAAAGACAUGAUCCAGCUCCUGGUUGCAAAGUUCGUCGCCAUUCUGGAGGGCGUGUUGGCCAAGAUAUCCAGAUAUGACGAAGGCACACUCUUCUCCUCAUUCCUGUCUUUCACGGUGAAAGCCGCAUCAAAAUAUGUGGAUGUCCCUAAACCCGGGAUGGAUGUAGCUGACGGCUACGUGACCUUUGUCCGCCACUCUCAGGACAUGCUCCGUGAUAAGGUCAAUGAGGAGGUGUAUAUAGAAAGGUUAUUUGAUCAAUGGUACACUGCCACCAUGAACCUGCUGGGGACUUGGCUGACCGAGCGCAUGGACCAGCAGCUGCACGUUUACCAGCUGAAGAUCCUGAUCAGGAUCACCAAGAAAAAAUACCGGGACUUCCGCCUACAGGGCGUCCUGGACUCCACCCUCAACAGCAAGAUGUACGACACCGUGCGGAACCGACUGACGGUGGAAGAGGCCACUGCCUCAGUGAGGGAAGGAGGCAUGCAGGGCAUCUCCAUGAAGGACAGUGACGAGGAGGACGAAGAGGACGACUAGAGCACCCCCUUCCCCGACCCCACCCCUGUCACACUUUUGACUUUAGCCUGGUGACCAAUGCAUGCACCAACUCAGAUAGCCACUCUAGGACCUCUUGUCAGCUCGAAAAUGCCUAUGAAGGAUCUAUUAACUGUAAAAAAUAGUACUUAUACCGAGGACAUACAAUGUUUAAAAAUAAGAUUGGCAGUUUUAGCUGUGAUAUGAUACAGAUAGCACCUAUCUUGGAUUCAUUUCUAAAUUCAUUUCUAUGUGUUACUAAGCAAUAUGGAGAACCAUUUGUUUGACGAUGUUGAGUGAGAUUAUUAGGUGUGUCCCUGUCCAAUGCAAAACCUAUAUGGCGCUUCUUUGUCGUAACUACAUUCAUUAAUGGUACAUUGUCGUGAUGACGAGCGUGUGGACCCUUUUCUUUGUCUUGUCUGUUUUUAAGUGAAUGCCAACUGCUUUGAAAAAUAAACCUCUGUAUUUGUUUACGGCUGUCGCAGAUACAGAUCUCCUCGCUGGCACCAACACCACCAACAGUCUGCGUUCAUGUGUCGACGCGACCAGAUGUCACCUCCUGUGAAUAAACUUGGACACGGGUUCGGCAUGAACUUUCAGCGGGAGAUGCAAUACGCUCCAUUUUGAUAACUCGGGAGAUUCUAUUUUUAUUUCCGCAUUAAAAAAAAAAAAAGAAAAGCUUGAAACAGGUUCUAUUUUAAUUGAGUUGCACUUUUACAGGAAAAAAUGUUUUUUUUUAUUCGAGAACAAAAAAAAAAAAAUGUUGGUCCGUCUUUGUUGUGUAAGUGUAGAAUGAGAUGUCUGGCAUUUGUUUGGGUCUCACUGUUGUUCUGUAUAUAUGAUAUAAAUAUAUAUAUAUAAAUAUAAAAACGCUGUACAUUGCAUUCUGAGCCAUUGCUGCAUGCUCGUGGGUUCCCACCCUCCCCAACGCUUUCUGUUUUCUGUGUCGAUUAGCUGGUGGAUUUAUUCUUGCUUUUGCCUUAUGAACGCCAACAGUUGUAAUAUGCAAGAGCUGUGGCCACAAAAUAAAAAUUAAUGUACAUGUGCAUUAUUUGUCGUGUUUAACCGCACCCGGCAUAUUUGUGUUUUACGCAUUUAAGUUCAUACCGACACCUUUGAUGUCUCUGCAUGGUCUCAUUGACCUUUGUGUUUGGCCUUUCAUCUCAAAAUAUAUAGAUGCCAGCUCACCAGUGUGUGAGGGGUACCACAGGUAUGUACUAGUAUGAGCCUUAGAAAAACCUUUUUCUGUGAAAAAUGACCCAGCCAGAGUUGUGGUUUAGCAUGAGCUACGUACCAUUGGAAACUUCAGUAAUAGAUGAGUCAAAAGGAAAUGAUUGUUAGCAUGACGCACAAGACGCCUCUGUCGCACGAGGUGGUGAAUACGAACCUGGUACCAACACUUCCUUUUGAGGAACCUUCAGUUACAUCAUCACAGGCUUCUCGCACGCAUGUCUCAAUCACCUCUUCUGUGUCUGCUGAGGAUCGUCAUCCCACUUGUGACACCAUUUUUCACAACACCUGUCACUUCAUGGUGCAGUUGUGGGAGAACUUACAUCGUUUGAGGAUAACAAAUUCAACCUUUGCUGCUACCCAGGACACUGAAACCAAGAUUUGAAAGUUUUCAAAAACUGAGGGCUCCGAAAAAAAGAGACAUUUAGGCGGAAUUAUUGUCUGCCACCAGCGAGGCAAUGUGUGAAGGAGGAAAGAGUUGGGAGGCAGUCGAGCACGAGUCACCCAGGAGUUUUGGUCACUUCAGCAUCCACUUUCGACCUCAAAGACAUCCCCACUCCUGACGCAUCCUUUCCGCAGAGAAAGGCACCAUUUUCAAAAAGCAGCUCAUUGGAAUCAGGGGCCGAUCCCAGCUACUUGGGUGAAGAGUCGGGGGGACAAACCACCGGAACGCCGCAAGAAAAUCAUUCCUGACAAAGAUGGACACACAGGUGAAGGGACGGACGUCAAACACACUCACACUCCAAGAGGCAUCCAUUAAAAAUCCAGAGUUUAUUGGAUGUAUAGAAUACAAUAUAGCUAUUAAAUAACACCAUUACACUACAAUAAGAUUAUAUGAAAGCAUCUUGGGAAUCGUCCACUGAGACACCGUCAGUAAAAUAAGUGAGAUGAGGAGCAAAAAUCACGUUUCCUUCACUUUCGUUACAAACACUCAAACCAGCGUCCGGGAGCUCCUCAAGGCGAGCAGGUCUGGAGCCUUCUGAGCCAAAACAUCCAUCAAGUCCGGUCAAAAACCAGCGUGGAGCUCAGAGAAACGGAAAAUCGAAACUCUACCUGGUGAUAAGAAGAUGAUUCUUUAAGAGGGCACUUUACAAACCUCAUCUUAGUAGGAAAAUAUAAACCUUUACAGGAUAUCUUGUUAAUGAGCCACUGGUGCUCAGAAGUUUUUUAAUCAUAGAACAAAAAAUAAAUGAGCAAAUGCAAUGCAAAACAAAUUUCUCUGUGGCACAAACAUCACAAGGUGGACAUGUCUCCAAAUGUUGGAGGGUUUCAUUAUAAUAGGCAAAACUCCUCCGCACUGGAGAAGUUACAAGACAACAGAACCAAAGUGGGAGAUGAGCGACAGAGCUGCGAGUUCUGGAAUGUUGUAGCCAUUCAAAGGUUUGGUCAUCGGACAAAAUCAAAUCUGAAGGUGGGAAUAUAGUUGGAGUGAUUCCUGAGGAGGGAUUAAAAAAAAAACGAAACAAAAAAGCAAGCUUUGCCUUUCAAAUGACACAAACCUAAAAUCCA